AUGCUGGUCCUCAACUGCUCCAUGAAGCUGCAGCUGCUGGAGAAAAUGCUAAGGUGGAGUUUCCCCGGGUGCCUCAAGGUGUAUGGAGCUGUGAUGAACACCAACCGAGGGAACCCCUUCAGGAAGGAAGUGGUGGUGGACUCAUGGCCAGACUUCAGAGCUGUUAUCACCCGGCUGCAGAGGGAAAAUGAGAUGGAUGACCUUGACCAUUAUACCAAUGCUCAUGCAGUUUUCUACAAGGAGUUACAGGCUUACCAGGAGCUACUGGAAAACACAAAUGCCAUCAACUGGGGACAAAUUUUUCAGAUACAAGGGCUCCAGGAUGGAAUACGUGAAAUAUCCAGAACUGUGGCUUUAUCUAAGCAGGUAGAUGUGAAAACAUCCUCUUCCCAGACGGUUAUCCAUUCAGACCCGGACAUGCUGCCAGAUGUCAGACUUCAGAUGGACCCUAAAUUAACCUUGGCUUACCUGGACAUCUCCCAUGUCAGCCUGCUCAGCAAAACCUGGUCACGGGGAGGCAACCCAAGGUGCCAGAAGUACCUUGCUAACCUCAUUUGCUGCUUCCCCAGUGUCUGUGUCUUGGAUGACAACAGGUAUCCCCUCUCCUGGAGCCUGACAGACCAGUUUGCCACCAUGAUUCAUGGCUAUACUCUUCCAGAGCAUCGGAGGAAGGGUUAUAGCAGGCUUGUGGCUACCACUGUAGCUAAGAAAUUGCAUAGCUGUUGCUUUCCAGCACAGGGUAAUGUCCUGGAGAUGAAUAUACCAUCAAUACCAUUGCUGAAAAGCAUGAAUGCCCAGUUUCUUCCCUGCUCAUUUUUCAGAGUGAUUCAUACACCUUUUCAUUUUUUAGCCAAAUCUCACUUAUAG